GCAACAAAUCAGGCUCAUCCAGAUAACUUUAGCACUUUUGAAGUUUUUGAGCGUUUUCUAAAUUUGAAACACACACCAACCCUGCUGCAGCCCCGGGUGAAGCAGCAGUAACUAGUUGCCUUCUUGUUAGCCCUCUAAGAGUCGUUUUUGAAACGUUAACAGAAAACGUGAUAUUCCUGUUGAUGGUCCGUGCGCCAUGGAGGGUCCGUCCUCUCGUUUACCUGCCGCCAGAGACAGACCGCAGUGUCUGGCGGGCAGGAGAGACUCCGGCGGGGAUGCAGAGUCUGACCCUGCCCGGGACAUCAAAACACACUUUCGCGUCUGUAGCUUCAUUAUGGAGACAGGAGUGAAGCUGGGCAUGCGCUCGGUGCCCGUGACCACAGCAUGUGUGUUGUACCACCGUUUCUUUGAGCGUGUCAGCUUGCGUGCGUAUGAACCCUACUUGGUGGCCAUGAGCUGUGUGUAUCUGGCUGGCAAAGUGGAGGAGCAGCACAUUAGGACCCGUGACAUCCUCAACGUGAGCCACAGGUAUCUCAACAGUGGCAGCGCUCCUCUAGAAUGUGACAAGGAGUUCUGGGACCUGAGGGACAGCGUGGUGCAGUGUGAGCUCCUCAUCCUCCGACAGCUCAACUUCCAAGUCUCCUUUGAACACCCUCACAAGUAUUUACUCCACUACCUGCUGUCUGUGAAGUCGCUCGUGAACCGCCAUGCUUGGGCUCGGACCCCCAUUGCUGAGACUUCCUGGGCAUUGCUUAGAGACUGUUACCACGGAGCCAUGUGCAUCCACCACACACCUCAACACAUCGCCAUAGCAACGCUGUACCUGGCUCUGAACAGCUACGGCGUGGAGGUGCCCGUCGGGGAGAAAGAGUGGUGGCAGGUGCUGUGUGAGGACGUAACCAAAGCAGACAUCGAUGCCGUGAUCUCGGACCUUCUUCUACUCUACGACUUGGAGGCCAAGUGUAUCUGAAGGACACACCGCACAUGGGAGACGCAUGAGAGUUCUUUGUGUAUAUGUGAGUGUAUUUACUCGUGUGUGUGUGUGUGCGUGUGUUGCAGCAUGCAAGUGUUAGGGUUCAGGUGCGUUUGUGUACAUGUGUCUGUGUCUGUAUUGGUGUGAAAGAGAGGAACACUUUGUAUUGCCCCAGUUAAUCUGUGAGCUGUGACAAAAACACACCUGCACUACUGAUUCCUGCCACCCUGGGGAGACAUUUCUUGCUUUCUGGUCUCAGCUCUCUCGGCCCUGCAGAAUACUGAUGUGCUCUGUAAGAUAUCAUCAGCACCAGGUUUCUCAAAAACAUCCCAGCCCUCAGCACCACAAAUCUCUUCACACUCCACACAUAACAUGUUUUAACUACAAGUACCACGGCAUAGAUUUGAUGGGAAAAUCUAAUGUUCAUCUGACAGUUGUUAUAAACUGUGCGUUCAUUGAUAAAUAAAUCUGUUAAAUUGCAUGAGAAUAGUGACCUUAAGUGGGUCAUUAUUAGUAAAAGGCAGUAUCCCAACACAUUUCUGCAUUAGGAUAAUAACUUGACGAUAACAUAAUUGCAGUCAAGUCUUGAUUGUCUGAUUAGAAUCCACCUUGCUGCAUAAAUCUGCAUAUUAACAAGGACAACUGGAUUUCUGUAUGUCCUUAUGUAGAACUCAUCUUGAUAUUGCAUAUAUUGUAUAAAAAGUAUCUUCACAUUAUACAGAAUGCAGUAAGUGUUAAUAUAUCAUGGUGAUUAUAGUGAGGGUAUUUGUUACCUCAAGUGCCUCUUGGUUUAUUAAGUCUUGUGGUGUUUUUGCAGUGCUGCCAUUCCCAGAGAUCUUUUCAUGGAUUAGUUAAAAGACAGUUUGCAGAUGUGAAAAAACAUAUGAGGAUAUGAUCUGCUGUAUGUUUUAGACUGCUGUUAAAAUGACAUUGUUUUAAUUUGGACUGUGUAUUGUUUGAAAUGAAGUCUGCUCUAUCCUGUUUCAGGGAUAUGUCUGGUGACAUUCUGUAUUUUCUUCUUCUCAAUAAAUCCCAUGAAAAGACCAAAA